AUGUUAGUCAAACACCUUCUUACGACCAUCUUCCUGCUGGGCGCCGUCUCAGCAGACUCCUUUUGCAAAACCACCCCAUUCGAUGCGACAUGGCCAACGACUGAGGAUUGGAAUGCACUGAACCAAUCCCUUACCGGGGCGCUUAUCAAGACUCGACCGGCUGCAUCGUCCUGCUACGAGGGGAAUCCGUUCGCCUCAACUUUGUCUUGCGAAGCAGUUGAUGACGGCUGGUCCUCGAGCAGCUUCCAUGCACAACAGCCAGAGUCGAUAGACUAUCCUUUUUGGGCCAAUAGCUCUUGCGUUCCUCCCAGUGACUACGGGUAUAAAAGUCAAGGAUGCACUCUGGGAGGUUUGCCUGGGUUCAUCGUUAACGCCACGAGUGCCGAUCAAGUUGCAACUGCUAUGAGAUGGGCUAGCGGCCGCAACAUUCGGAUCAUUGCUAAGGGAACUGGACAUGAUCUCAAUGGAAGCAACGACACGGAGAAUGCGGUGAUACUUGGCAGCGGUAACAACUGGGGGACUAUUCUCCAGGCUGCUUCUCUUCUUGGCAGGACUCUCGUUAGUGGUCAAGUCAAGACAGUAGGCCUGGGUGGCUUCAUUGGCGGGGGUGGCCACGGCCCUCUUUCGAGCCACUAUGGUCUGGCAGCCGAUCAAGUCCUCCAAGCCACCGUGGUGACAUCUUCGGGUAACAUUCUCGUCGCCAACGAAGCUCAGAACCAGGACUUGCUGUGGGCGAUCCGAGGUGGUGGACCGGGGGUUUACGGAGUCGUUGUCGAGUAUGUCUUGCGCACUCAUCCGAUACCUGAAAACGUGGUCCAGUCUACAUUCUCCCUGUCGCUGCCCCAAAACAGCACAACGCAAGCUCUCGCCGCAUCUUGGGACGCAUUCGCGACUUUCACAAGCUCACUACCCGACCUCUUGGACGUAGGCAUUGCAGGGUUUGGGACAGCAACGACGGUGCUGGGCUCUCGGGUGUCUGCUGGCGACUGUAGCAAGGGUAUCGGGGCAUCUUUCACCUUCUUCGGCUUCAACACUACCGCAAGCACUCUAGUUUCUACUUUGGAACCAUUGAAGGCACGCGUAUUGGCAAGUGGAACAAGUCAGGGCCUGUCCGUGACCAUCUCAACCCCGACGGUUUUCGAUUCAUACAUGGCUUUCGUCAACAGCCUCAACAAUCCAUCGGAGCCCGUGGCACAGAUCAGUUUGAUCUCUAGCCGUCUCCUCGGUCGCAAAGAGCUGACUGAGAUUCCUCCUGAUACCCUGCGCUCUCAUCUACAGAGCAUUGCCACCUCGCAGAUACAAGGAAGCGCUUCAUCCCUCAUCUUCGGGCUCCAAGGAGGCCCUGGGCCGAACCGGGUUGAGAAAAAGAUGCGUGGAGCUGUGACGCCAGCUUGGAGGGCAGCGUACAUCCACCUCAUCAGCACUGGGGCGUACGUCAACAUCACAGACUCCACACCCCAGGAUGCUUUGGCGACCGCAGCUGCAUGGACUGAAGAGAAUAAGGAGGCUGUCUGGCAGGACUUUUUCGGUUGGAACUACGAGCGUCUAUUCGAUAUCAAGCAGAAGUACGACCCCAGUGCUAGUCUGUUCGUUCUUUCGGGCCCCGGAAGCCACUUGUGGAACUACAGUCUGGAUUCUGGCAGACUAUGUCGUACGUCGUAG